AUGGCACGUUUAGCUCUUCCGGUCAUUAUUCUUCGACGUAACCGUGCAUUACAAUUAAAACAAAGACGAAAUGAACGACGAAUGAUGCGAUAUAUGGACAAAGCCUUUUCUAUGAGUGAUGAUGAGUUGAGAGCUAAUUACCGUGUGGAUAAGGACUUUAUUGAAGAAAUAAUUAAUGAAUUAAAGCCGUAUAUGCAAUGUCCAAAGAGAAGAAGUGAUAUAUCACCUAAAUAUAAAAUUUUGGUAGCUUUGUCCUUCUAUGCUACUGGAAGUUACCAAAGAUUAGUAGGUGGCACAUAUGGCACAUUGAUGUCUCAGCAGUCUGCGUCUCGUGCCAUCAGAGAAGUGACUGAUGCUCUUAAUAAUCAUAAUAUCCUUGGUAAAUGGAUAAGAUUUCCGCAAACACGUCAAGAAAGGGAUGCUAUAAAACGAAGAUUUUAUGAAAAAUUUAAUAUACCUGCUGUUUUGGGUUGUAUUGAUGGUACACACAUAAGUAUUGUUAGACCCACAGAAAAUGAAGAGAGGUUUUUCAACAGAAAGCAUUUUCAUUCAAGAAAUGUUUUAAUUGUAUGUGAUGCUGAUUUAAAUAUACUGUCAGUAGAUGCUUCUUUUGGUGGAGCCUCUCAUGAUAGUUUUAUAUGGAACCAGCAUCCAGUUAAAAACCAUAUGAUUUCGUUGAUUAGCUCAGGAGAAAAUGUGUAUUUAUUAGGUGACUCAGGGUAUGCUCAAAGAGAGUAUAUGAUGACUCCCAUACUGAAUGCCGACAUGAACUCUGCUGAAGAAUAUUACAAUAAGUUGCAUUGCUCAGCACGUAACACUGUAGAACGUACAAUAGGUAGGUUAAAAAAUAGAUGGCGAUGUUUGCUGGGCCAUCGGGUGUUGCAUUAUCACCCUAACAGAGCAGGAAAAAUAACAAUUGCUUGUUGUGUCCUACAUAAUAUGUGUAAUAAAAGAUACGAUUUCAUGCAUGAGGAGUUAGAGGAUAAUGCAAUCCAAACUGAUGACUCAGGAAAUAUCUCCAUUCCUGAAGAACGUUUAAAUGUCACAUCGGCUGCUGAACUAAGGAGAGGAAUUGAAAAAAGAACUGCUUUAGUUCAACAUCUCUUUGCUGCUAGAAUAAUGUAA